AUGCAGGGCUUUGAAUGGCAUGUGCCGGCAGACCAGCUUCAUUGGCAACGCCUCCGUAAGGCAAUACCCGACCUCAAGGAUAUCGGAAUUGAUAAUAUAUGGAUUCCACCUGGAUGUAAAGGAAUGGAUUCAAAAGGAAUUGGAUACGAUAUCUACGAUUUGUACGAUCUUGGUGAAUUUCAUCAGAAAGGGACCAGGGCGACACGAUGGGGCCCCAAAGAGGACCUGAAAGAGCUGGUGUACGCUGCACAGGAGAUGUCCAUUGGAAUCUAUUGGGAUGCAGUAUUGAAUCAGAAAGCUGGAGCCGACUCAACGGAAAGCUAUGCUGCGGUAAAAGUUGACCCUGAAGGUAUGAGUGGUCCCCCGGUAACAUUUCACAAUAUCGUAUAUGAAGCUGAAAUGACGCUAGAUAGAAACAGAAAGAUAUCCCGGCCCGAGUGCAUUGAUGGCUGGGUCAGAUUUGACUUUCCUGGUCGCGGUACCCAGUAUAGUUCGAUGAAGUAUCACUGGCAACAUUUUAAUGGAGUAGACUGGAACCAAAAAGGCAAAGAGCAUGCGAUAUAUAAAACACUGGUUGGAAACAAGAAUUGGGCAAAAGACGUUAGCGAUGAGCACGGUAACUACGACUACCUGAUGUUCGCCAAUCUCGACCACUCCCAUCCCGAGGUUCGAGCUGAUAUUCUGAGAUGGGGGAGUGGAUCGGCACCGAGUUGCCAAUCAGUGGAAUGCGAAUAG